GCUACAUUUUGGUACCAAGGGUGGCCGCAUACGGUGCUGGAAUCGGACGUUAUUCUAGGUGAAUUCUCAGCGCGAACGUGUCCGCGGAGAGGGAGAGCCUGGGAACGAGGCUACCUUUCCCUGUUGUUGGAACGGCUGGGUACGAGACUAAUCGAUCGGUAGUCGCCGACCGAGCUAUUCCUGUCCCUGGUGGGCAAGCCGUCACUUGACUUGGCGCUUGCUAGACAGUCCGUGGCCCACUUUCUAGACACUCAGUGGCCACAUCAAAAGACAUGGAUGGUGACUUAUUUCGACUGGAGGAGCUGUCACUUGUAUCUAAAGUGUGCACAGAAUUGGAGAAUCAUUUGGGGGUUGGAGAAAAGGAUCUGGCAGAGUUUAUAAUUUCACUUGCUGAAAAGAAUAAAACGUUGGAGAAGUUCAGGAGUGCGUUGAUUAAAAAUGGAGCUGACUUUCCAGAGUCAUUUGUGGCAAAUCUUUUGAGAAUAAUUCAAACAAUGAAGCCAAGGAAACAAAACAUGAAGGUAUGUACAAGUACCAUGUUAAUUCAAAACCACUGGUGCUAUUGGCGGGGCCUAUGAAUAAGCUUGCAUAAUUUUCCUUUAAUAAGAACGCUUGUUACAUGCAUCGGUAGUAAAAACUCAACAACACACGUGCAGUUGCAUUCUGUAGAGGUAAACCAUUAUUUAUUUGCAUAGCGUC